GCGCCGAAUACGGUUAUCUAUACAACGAAAUUCGUGAAAACUCAUUGCGAACUUGCGAACAUUGCGGUAAAAAUCAAAAUCGGGGUGCAUUUGUGGAAUUAAUGCUCUUUAUUUAUUGCUUUAUCGAAGACAUCAAUUGAUUAUUUUGGCACCCACCAAAAGAAAGCGUGACUCGAAUAGCACACGCUUUUAAAGUAAUCAUCCCGCGCGAGCCGACUAGACAAGGACAUCGAUUGAGGCACCAGGCCGGGCCGCCGCCCACCCGGACGCUCUCCUUCCCCAGCGCACGGCUCCGACGCCGGUGUUCGCCAGCGGCAGAGUCGGAUCGGCUCGCCGCCGGCCGGGCGCGGCUCGCGCUGGCCUCUGUCUGUGUGCCGGUGAUCGGGCGAUGAGCUGACACGACAGUCGGCCGGCCGGAAUGGGGGACCAGAGCACCAGACGGCGGGUGAAGCUGUACGCGCUCAACGCCGAGCGACAGUGGGACGACCGCGGCACCGGCCACGUCACGUCCUCCUAUGUGGAAAAACUGCAAGGCGUGUCGCUGCUGGUAAAGGCAGAGGCGGACGGCAGUGUUCUCCUCGAGAGUAAGAUACAGCCGGAGACAAUCUACCAAAAGCAGCAGGAAACGCUGAUAGUGUGGUCUGAAGGUGACAACUUCGACCUAGCGCUCAGCUUUCAGGAGCGCGCCGGCUGCGAUGAGAUCUGGGAGAAAAUCUGCCAGGUGCAGGGCCGCGACCCGUCUGUGGAGAUCACCCAUGAAGCGGUCGAGGAGAGCGAAGAUGAACGGUUCGAUGACAUGUCGGACACCGUGCCGAGCAUCGAGCUACCGGCGGCCGAGAUGGCCCGGCUCGAGGAGAUCUCAGAGCUCAUCAACAGCUGUCUGCACUCUGCCAUCAAGCGGGAGAAGCUGACGCUGGCCGUGGAGGCCGACAACUACAUCCCCAAGCUGAUGCGCAUGUUUCAGAUGUGCGAGGACCUGGAGAACACUGCCGGCCUGCACCACCUGCACGACAUCAUCAUCAACCUGUUCCAGCUCAACAAGAACGCCCUCAUCGAAUCCAUGUUUAAAAUUGACGUCAUUUUCGACGUGGUCGGCUGCCUGGAGUACGACCCGGCCAACCCGGUUCCCACGCGGCAUAGAGAGUACCUGAGGCAGAUGGCGAACUUCAAACAGGUUCUGCCCAUUCGCAACAGCGAGCUGUUGGCCAAGAUCCACCAGACGUACCGCGUGCAGUACAUCCAGGACAUCGUGCUGCCGACGCCGUCCGUGCUCGAGGACAACGUCCUCUCCACGCUAUCCAGCUUUAUAUUCUUCAACAAAUUAGAUAUCGUUAGGCAAUUACAGGAUGACGAGAAGUUUCUGACGGAGUUUUUCGCGCUGUUGAGUGACGAGAAGACGCCGAUCACCAAGCGGAGAGACCUGGUGAUGUUCUUAAAGGAGUUCUGUUCGUUCUCACAAACGCUGCAGCCACAGAGCAAGGAGACAUUCUUCAAGACGCUGCUGUCGCUGGGCGUGCUGCAGGCCCUGGAGACGACACUGACGGUGGACGCCGGCCCGCUCUCCCAGCCCGGACAGGUCAUCAAGUCGGCCUGCAUCGACAUCCUCAUGUACAUUGUGGAGACGGUGCCGUCCAUGGUGCGCGAGCACAUGCUGCAGCAGGCAGAGACCUGUGACGACGACCAGCUGUUGAUGAACCUCUUGGUAGACCAGAUGGUGUGUGACCGGGACCCCGAAGUGGGCUCGGCCGUCCAGCUCUCCGGCAUCAUACGCAUCCUCAUCGACCCUGACAACAUGAUGGCCGCCCUCAACCGCUCCGAGAAGACAGAGUUCUUCGCGUUCUUCUACAAGCGCUGUAUGCACUGCCUCGUCGAGCCGCUGAUCAACAACACGACCAACAAGGAUUUGCUGCACGACGACCCGGCCACGGUGCAGCUACUGAACCUGGUACUCGAGCUGCUGUCCUUCUGCGUCGAGCACCACACCUUCCACGCCAAAAACUACAUCAUGAACAAGGACAUCGUCGUGCGCAUCCUGGUGCUCAUGAAGAGCAAACACAAGUACCUGGCGCUCGACGCUCUCCGGUUCCUGCGCAAGAUGGUCGCGCUGAAGGACGACAACUACAACAGGCACAUCGUCAAGAACAACCUGUUCGCGCCCGUCGUGGAAGCGUUCUUCAACAAUCAGGGUCGCUACAACCUCCUAGACUCGGCCGUUAUCGAACUCUUCGAGUUUAUUAAGACGGAGGACAUCAAGAUGCUGCUGGCCUACAUCGUGGAGACGUUCGGCGACAAGCUGCUGGACGUGACGUACGUGCAGACGUUCCGCAACCUGAAGCAGCGGUACGAGCAGCAGCAGGACCGGCUGCAGCAGCGCACCGCUGCCCUAGAGAGCGUGCCGUCUAUCCUGCGCGGCACGACGCGCUACCGCCGCGACCCUCGCCAGCUCGACGAGGACGAGGAGAUGUGGUUCAAUGACGAGGACGAUUACGAGGAUGGCGGCGAGCCGGCUCCGGUGGCCGGUCUGCACGGCCUGCACGGCUCCGCCGCCGCCGUCUCCGACCUCGAACAGAUCGGUAAAAUGAUCGAGGGCCGGAGCAAACUCUUCUCUCCCUCCGGCGGCGACUUGUGCGUCGAGAAAACGGCGGCGUCUGCCGAGCCGGCGUGUGGUGGUGUGAACGGAGCCGCCGCGGCCGCGAAGCUGGGUCUGGUAGACUCUGCGCCGACCGCCGGAUCGCCCACUGCCUCCCCCACGGCCUCCCCGACCACGUCACCCACCCCGGCCGCCGCCCCCGCCGCCGCCGCCGCCGGCGCUGCUACCGACGGCGUCUGUCUGGUGAAAAAGGUGGGCCUGGUGGACUAUGACGCCGACUCCGACGAGGAGGAAGAAGAGGGCGCUGCCAUCAGUCCCCUGCUCAUCUCCUCCCUGGUGGCAGCAGCCACCACCAACUCCCCCGUCUCCCCGAGCGCUGCCGCCGCCGCCUCCGCCCCCGUCACGACCGGCGCGAUGGAACCUGACCAGUCGCAGACCCAGGUCACUACCACGUCUGAUUCGACGGCCGCGGAGCCGGCGGCGACCGCAGAGACGGCGGACGGUGCCGUGGUCAAGGCGGAAGAGGCGCCAGCCGCGACAGAAUCGACUCCGCCGGUGGUAGUCGGGUCUGUGGCGAAAGCCGGUGCGGUAGAGGCGACACAAGAGCGCUCCCCCGCAGUGACGACAGAGGCGACACCGCAGUGCGAGACAGAGGUUUCAGCGUCAGCACCGGCGGACAGAACAGAAGUGGCGGCAUCUACGGGGGACUGCACAUCAACGGACCAAAACUGUGCGGAAGCGGGGAAGGACAACAAGCCAGUGGACCAGGAUGAUUCAGUUGCCGAUCAGGAGACGCCGGCUGUUGCAGAAGAAUCGGUAACGAAACCUGCGGAGGUUGUGUCAGAAGAUGAGAAGGGAGCAACUGCCAAACAGAACGGGGAGGUAGCGAUGCAGACCGAGACAGCGUUGUCCCAUCAGGAGACUGCUGUGGAUGCACAGGAGUCGGCGCAGACGCAGCAGGAAGCAGAGGAACCCGUGCAGCAGGAGAGCACUCCUCAGGAACAGAAGACAGCGCCAGUGACUGCGUCCGAGCCCAGCGCGGCCGCGGAGCCGGCUGCGUGCUCGGACUCUGCGAGUUCACAGGACGCUCCGGCAGACCAGGAGGAGCUGUCAUCAGCGUCCGCGGCCGACCAGCCGGCCGGCUCGCCGGCGGACCAGCAGCAGCCGCCGCCGGCCGCGGAGGUGGCGCGCUCGCCGCCGCGCGGCCAGCAGUCGCCGCCGCCGGACGCCGGCGAGCACCGAGACGCCGACCAGCUGCCCAGUGCCAAACGGCCACGGCUGGAGGCCUCGUGAGCGACCGGCCGCCGCCGCCGCCACCGCCCUCCGCCAACCUCCGCCGCCGUUAGCCACUAAGUGGUGUACAAAUCUGACCGCCGGCCGCCAUACUGAGGCGUCCCCGAGCGCGGCGCGUGCCACCGCGACGCGCGGGCCGUCGGGGUAGGACUGAGAGCUUCGUAGUGUGUACGAGCCGAAAAGGCAGCCGAGACGCGCGCUGCGACCCAUUGGCGUUCGAUGCGACAUUCGCAGAAUCAAGCACGCAGUGAACCAGCCUCGCAAUCGAACUCGUUUCAUCUAGACAUGAUUACCGACGCUGCCAUAAGCGGGAGAGCGCACAGUUUUCACACGCGCGCGUCAUGCGUCUGCGGCGGCCGCUAGUUUGUCCUUUCCGUUCUGGCACAUGGACACUGUACAAAGCGGCUCCCGAGGCGGGCUUGUGCGGCGGACGGUGGCGCGAUGGGCGCGCAUAUUUUUGUAUACUUAAGGUCCCUAACGGGCGGCGGCGGAGGUCGAAUCGUCUCCUGGGCGUGUGCGAGCUGCCUCGAUGCCUGCACGGGUGUUUGAGAGUGAGUGAACUCGGGAGUGUGCGAGUUAGUGAACUCGGGAGUGUGAGUGUUUGGUGUACGAGCGGGAGCCAUGUUUGGUGAAUGUGGACGAUGGGCCGCGGCGCGACGCACCGCGCGCGGCCCGGAUUCGUACAAGUGGUCGACGUCUGCGCGACGACAAUUAGGAGUUGGUCUGCGGCCGGGGCGCCGCGGAUAUGUCGCUCGGGUGUCGGCGAGCGCCGCGCGGCCGGCCCGCGGGGAGUCGGGUGGGUCGCCCCAGCCCCGCGGGGGAGCGCCCGCCCGCGCCGCCGCUGCCGGAGCGCGCGCUGCGUGCAUAGUUCUGUUCAGAGGCAGGCGAACCGCGCACCCCUCCCGAGAUCUCUUAUGUUUUGUACACUGCUGCAGGCCGUUAGUGAGUUCGCAGAGACGUUGCCUUCUAUUUCUGUGGCGCGCGCCAUCCCUAUGAACUCUUUUAUUAUUUGAUAUUAAUAACGCCCCCCCCCCCCCUGUUUUACGCACUGGUUUCGAGGCGGCGCCGCGCGGGCCCGGCCUUCUUCUGUCCCGUUUUAGGUAGGAGCGGUGCCCUUGGUGCGUGUCUGUCGCGUCUGGCCAGCACUGUCGGGGCCGGCCACCCCGGCCCAGCAGCUGAUGUUUCUCCUUCUUAAAAUACAGAACGCGACCUUCA